AUAUCAUGCAGACCAAGUUUAUCCUCCCAGACAGUGGAGAAAAGUGGGUGAUCCAAGCAAUUCGGGAUGCUUGGAAGCGGUUCAAGGGAAAGAUUAAGCAGAAGCACUUUGUUCCCUUUGAUACCAUCGAAGAUAUGGUGAAAAAUCGACCGACACAAGUUCCAGAAAGUCAAUUCAUAAAAUUGAUCUAUUAUUGGAGUCAUCCUACAAUCCAGUCAAUAAGUGAAAAAAAUAAGAAACAUAAAGAACAGCAAAAGUUUCCACAUCGCAUGGGGCCAAUCAAUUUUGGAAGAGUACGAGUGGCUCUGCGCGCGACAAAGGAAAUAAAUGAGGAACCAAAAAGGUUUGAAAUGUUCCUUGCUACUCGAACAAGUCGGAAAAGGAAGGAAGUUGAUCAGGAAACACAAGAUGCAAUUGAUGAAUUCCAAAACCGGCAAGCUGCUGGUGAAACAGAUGAGGAAGCUUUUAAGUCUUUAUUUGGAAAAGAACAACCAGGUCGGGUUAGGUGCUAUGGAAGAUCUAUUACACGACGUGACUUAAAAAAGCAUGCAGAAAUUUCAGAACUCAAGCAACAACACCAGGAGGAAGUCACAUCUUUGAAGGCUGAACUUGGAGACAUGAAGGCCAAACAGCAGCACCAAGAGGCUGACCUUCAUGGAUUGCGAAACAUGAUUAAGUUACUAGUUCAGCGAUCUGAACCUGGAAUGAGGCUGGAAGAAAUUGAAGCUUUGUUACAAGAUGCCCAACACUCUCCAAUUGAUGCAAAUAGCGCUCAUGGAUCAACACAUAUUCCAAACAUAAAUAUGGUAUGACCAGUUUU